AGUCCGCACUCCGCACACAUUUGUCUGCGGCGGCGGAGGCGGCGACACAACCCGCGUCUAGAGUAGACGGAGGGCGAUGCGAUGCGAUGCGAAAGAGAUGGCGGCGUCGGCGUGGCCUCGCGUUCGGCGAUGCAUGGCCGCAGGGGGGGCGCACGCCUGGGCGGCGGGCCGCGUCCCCCCCGCGUGCGGUCGACGGCGCGGAGGCAAGGUGGGGGCACUAACAGUCAAUUAAGUCAAUUAAGAGAUUCACACAGCUGUUGUUCUGUACAAUUACUACCACAGAAAGCUGUCUCCCCAGCUUGCUUUCGCUGAUGCCAACCAAUUUUUUAUGUGCGCUUCUCUCCCUGUUGGAGAAGAUUUGCUCACGUUCUUGUAUGCGGUCCAUGAGUGUGAAAAUAAUUCUGGGGAGGAUGUGCUCUAUGCUACCGACAAAGCAGCCAUGGAAGCUUGUGAGAUUGCUGAAGCACUCGAUGCAAGUAAACAUUUUCCAGACAUGUCAUCGUGGCCAAUAGCGAAAGUUGCUGUGCUUCUUCUCAACCCAACAAGAAAAAAAUGUUUGAUUGAGUACAGUUCUGAUACCAAAGGUGUUUGGUCAAUUAUCGAGAAGGAAUUUGAUGCAGCAGCUAGUAAUUCACAAAGUUGCAACCAGUCAGCAGGCCAGGAAUCGAUGAAUAAAGGGACCUUUGGUGCUUUGGAUGGUCCAUAUAUGCUUCAGCAAUUAGCGUUUACAGAGGUGGAGCGUAGAACAGGUAUGAAAUGCUCAAACUUGCGUCUUCUCGAUGAAGAUUUGACAUACUCAUUGAGUACAAAAAGGACGACAACCAAGUUAUUCGUCAUGGAGUACGAACAAACCAUGAAAAGCAACCAUGUGGAAAAGCCUCUAGAAGAGUUGAUUUGCAGUAUGAGUGGUCCUUUAUUUGUAAAUGAUCUAUUUCCUAGAACAUCUUCUGUAAUUGAGUACUUUCACAUCCUCCCAUAUAAGCAGAUUUUGCUUCAACUUCUGCACAGGAAGUGGCCUUCUGAUUCUGCACUAAACGAACAAUCAUGUCAACAUGGAAAUGUGGAAGAGCAAGCGAAUAGCAAGUCUAAGAUGCAAAAACGAACUACGAAAAUGUCUACACCAAAGCAAAACAGACAGGCAAUAAAAUCAAUUGAUACCAAUAGCAACAACAACUGCAGCACCAGCAAGCACAGGAAAAACAACAAAAGAAUAUAUAAAGCCUCUAGGAAUACAACUUCUGUCAACAUGGAGGAUCAGGAUGAUGAGAGCCCAUUGAGACAAAAGUAUUCACUCAUUGUUGUUGAUGCAGAAACUUCAAAACUAGCGACUAAGUCUAGAAAUACAAAAGAAAUAGCAGGAGGAACAAGCGGAGGAAAUAUAGUUAUACAAACCUGUGUUCAAAUGGACAAGAAAAAAAGACAGAAGCAGUCUAUAUGUGGUGACAUUAUCCCAGAUGUAUUCUCAACAAAGGCUCCAAGUUUUGACCCUGUAAUGGAGAACAGUGCUAAUUUGGAAGGUCAAAACAUGGGGGUUUCAGAAAAAUCAGGAGGCAUCACGGAGAACAAGAAUGACCAGAUGUAUGAUUCACUACAAUCAAUUCAGAAAAUACGGAAUGAUCUUCUUCGCAAGCAACACAUACUUGAAGAACGUAGUGCCCAAUGUGAGAUGGACAUUCAAACAAUCCUGAGUGAAGGGAAAAUGACACCAUCUGUGAUAUCAAUAAUAGACAAAUAUAAGAAAACUAGCUCAAAUAUGGCGGAAGUUGCCAAUUCAUCUUGCUAUGGAGAUGGUGGUCAAACCUUGACAAAGAGGAUGAGAUUGAGGGAGGCACUCCGCCUACGCAAUAAAUGCCAUGAGCUAGAUGAGAUAUGUCGUGGCAGCAACUGGAUACUCCCCAGAUAUUCAGUAAUACCUUCCGUAGCAGAUGGAAUGUUCAACGCUUGUGUACAUCUUAGGGGCUUGGAUUUUGACAUGAGAAUCAACGGCGGUCGUCGUAUGACCCCGUACGAAGCAAGGUGCUCCGCGGCUGCCAAUAUGAUAAUCGAGCUUCGGAAGAGGGCAGAGGAAGAAUAGCAGGAUAUGGAAAGUUGCCUAAUUAAACUUCUUAAAUUGUGAAUUGGUCGGCACAGAAAAAGCUGAGCUAGUCUCAUCAGCACAACAUUGAACCAAUCUAAGUUCCAUCCCUAUAAUUGUCUUGUUGCCUUGUCAUGGGCAAUAAUCACCUUGUUAUCUAAUCUUGGUAGAUAGUAGUGUUGCUCUGUCGUGAAGGUAGAUGGUUGACCGGUGUAUUAGGAGAAAAUGCUACCCACAUUUAUCGAAUUUUGAUACAAAUUGUGAAUUGCAAUCUACGCUGCAAAUUCGAGUGC